CAAGAAGAAGAACAAGAAGAAGCUCUGUCCUUAGCUGCCGCUGCCCUCCCUUGUACUUGCAGCUUCCUUUCCCCCUGAGCCCAGCUAAACUCUUUGUCUUCUCAAGCACCCAAUAAGUACCAGCAGUCAGGUUUCCCCACAACUAAUGAGGAAAAAUUCUAUUGGUAAGAAAAAAUAAAAGGAAGAAUACAUAAUCCCCAACAAUAUCCCAAAAUCAGUUUAAGGGAAAGGUUAUCACAAUGUUACUUAGCAAUUCAGGUGUAAAACAAAGCUAUUGCUGCUAGGCCUUCUCAGACUGCCUCACUCAGUGAAGUGGAGAACAGGGUCCUUUGUCACCACUGUCUGGUUGGAAGUAAAAAAGGCAGAAAGGAGAAACAAGCAAGAAUUGUCCUGCAUAACUCCUUGUCCUGUCCUUACCUCUGCACAGGCCAGACCAAGGAGCUGUCUGCAUAGAGAAGAAUGUGUUCAAUGUGUUAUAAUUAAUAACAUCAUAUAACCAUAUUAUAAUAACACCAUAUUAUAUCCGUUAGUGGUUAUAAUAACCACUUAGGGCAAAAAAAGAACAAAAAAAGAAUCCCAAACUUUAGUCACAAUCCGUUUUCUAAAUCAGUGUAGUUGUGGUUUCCCCUUAAUGCAGAACUGCAGUAUGACUCUAAAUAGGCCAGGUAUGCAACAAGUAAUGAGUGGAAAAGCAAAGUAAUAUUAACCAUUGAGAGAUCUUUAGUAUAGUAAAGAAACUGUUUUUUCGCAGUAGGUAAAGCCAUGUGAUCUAAAUCACUCAGUAUAAGGAGAAGACACUUGGCAGCUUGGUACCUACUAAUGAAGCCAAUAGUCUACCCUGCUUUCUCCAUUUUUCUGGCUCUCAUUUUGGCCAGAUUCCUUGGCAUACACAUCAGUUUUUUGAGAAAUCAGAAGAACCACGUGCAAAUUUUGACUGAGGAAAACACAAUUCACAACUGCAGCUGUUCUGUGGCUAUCCAUGACUGCGAUUACUGCCUGGCAAAAUUGAUGUGCAACUGCAAAACAGUGCUGCCUCCUACCAUGGAAAAAACUACCUACAACAGCCACCUGAGCAUCUGGUUCACAGACACCUCUGUGCUGGGGAUGGUCCUCAACUUCACAAGGGUGUGGGAUUUGAAGCUGUCCUUCUGUGGUACCACUCCUCUCCCAACACAAUAUAUGGCCAUUUGGGGAAUUCAAAAGCUCCAGGUAAACAAGGUCAAGGGACAAUUUCCAGACCAGAGCGUAACCAUCUCCAGCAGCAGCAAUAACGACAAAGACUUGCUUGAGGCACACAACAAAGACAGGCAAAUGCUUGCACUUAUUUCUUUUCUGGAUACCUCAGUUUUCAAUGGAUAUUCAUUGCUGAAGUCAUACAGUGUGGAAAACGUCUCUAGUAUCAUAAAGCACUUUUCCAGCCUGCUGUACUUAGAUGUUUUCUCAACCUCAGACAAUGAGAGCUAUGUUGUAAUAUUCAUUUACUGAGUAAUUUAACGCAAUCAGUAGUAAGAGGCAUGGGAGGCUUCAAAGAGUGAUGGGAUGCUUUUAAGGCUGUCCUGGUUUGUCUAAGAGGAUGCACAAGGGGACUGUGAGAGAACUCUACAAAGAAGUGUUUGAUGUAAGAGAUUCAUCAGAUUAAUUCAGCAAACACUUUCUUAAAGAACAAAGUAAAUGUGAAACAACUGUUUUCCAAAGCACUGUUAGAUUUUUUUUGUUUAUAUAUUCUAAGUCUAGAAUUGAAAUCUGCAGAUAAAUUUUGUUUUAAGGUUGUGUCUUGGACAGAAAAGGCAUAAUCAUGUAGUUCCCCCUGCAGAAGAAUCCAAGACCCCCAGAAAACCACUCAGGUUAGAUUGCAGCUCAGCAGGUAAAUUCACGGUUGUUUUACAAGGUGCAAUCUACUCCCAUUAUGCUCAGCGAUUUAGGAAACAGGUAUGGGACUUCCUUCUGUGAAGCAGGUAUUUCCCUGCAUCUGUCCUUUCUUCCUUAUUUCAUACAUAAUCUUUAUUUCCAGAUCACAGAAUACUCUGGGUUGGAAGGGACCCACAAGGACCAGCAAGUCUAACCCUUAAGUGAAUGGCCCAUACUCUCCACUGGACCACUUCAGCUGAUCCAUAUUUUUCCAGGGAGAGGCUGCCACCUGCAUGACGGAUGUGCUGACAACUGCAAUUCCCUAAAUGCAGGGAGCUUCAACUUUUGUGAUAAUGGCAAACUGGUCAUGUUCUCCCCUAAGAGAGAGUAGAAAUACCCCAUACAAUGAGUCUCAUCUGACAAGGGAGGCGAGGCUUCAGGCAGACAAUUUUCAGAUGUGUUGCACAAGAAAGGUUGUCAUGCCCUGAAAAACAUAUACCAGGACUGUUAAAAUAGCUCAGUCUGCUUCUUGCCUGUGUCUGGAGGUUUUGAAUUCUGUGAGAUACGACUAAGGCUGUAUCCAUCCAUAUAGUACAAUAAAGGCUUUGAAAUAGCAGGUUGUAAGAGCUUUGCACUCCUAGCAACGGAUUACAUGAAACUGAGACAAAAUAUAAGAAAACUUCAGCCCAGAGAAGCUGUGGCUGCUCCAUCCCUGGAAGUGUCCAAGGCCAGGGUGGAUGGAGCUUGAAGCAACAUGGUUUGUGGAAGGUGUUCCUGCCUGUGGCAGGGGGGAUUGAACUGGGGGGUCUUGAAGGGCCCUUCCAAGCUAAGCCAAUCUGAGAUUCCAUGAUUCUCUGUGCACUUAGGUGAAUGGCUAUCAAGAUUCUGAGGAACCAGUGAAGCUGCUGCAAUUUUAAAGAAAGGUUAUUUGUAUUUUAAAUAAUUGUAUUGAUAUAACUGUAAUCAAUGAUGGAGCAGUUUUGCUAGGAAGCAAAACUUAAUUUUUCAGAAGACUUAAAUACAUGUCCACCGCCCAUUACUUUGAACCUGUGAGCUUUCCCUCUGAAAUCGACAAUGUGCUAACGAUGGAAUUAAUGGGAUCUAUUUGCAAUUGCAAAUAGAUUGAAGCACAGUGGUGUUUACAAGCUGGUUACGGAACUCCAUUUAACUCAGGCAGAGAACAAUUGAAUCAGCUGUUGUAAAGAUGUAGUUUCCUUUGUCAGCACCUUGGCAACAAACCAUAAGCCUUUUUCUCUAAAUUACAAAUACUUCUAGUGAUACCUCUCAUGACUGUCUAUUACAGACAUAAUUCAUAUCAUCUUCCCAGGAACUGCCUUCUCCAGCUGUUUCUGCAAGGGAACUAACCUUUCCUUCACGAACUUGAAGGCAGUACACACACACAAAUAUAUUGAUUUCUAAAUGUUACCAAGGCUUUCUCCAAAAUCUGGAAAAAUUAAACCUAGAUGAUCUUCAGCAAAGAUCUGCUGCCCUCUGGUAAAAAAUGUGCUGAAGUCACAGUAAUCCCCCAUUACCAUAACUGUGAUGUCCAAAAAUUCACACAUGCAGCAGUAGCUGAGGAUGUAUGUAUUCUGGCCUUGGGAAGAAACAAGGUUAAUAGUCCAUGGGCUUUCUAACAGAGCAAAUUAAAUUGCCAGUUACUUUUGCCACUGUAGCGUUCUGAAUAAGGCUGGUGCAGAAGACCUUUUAUUCCAGUACCCAAGCAACCACUGCAGGAUUUUUUUUCUGGAAAGAGCAAAAAAUCCUCAACUACAGAAAUCCACAGCUCCGAUAUUGUGGAGAUCUUCCCAAA